AUGAAUAAUUUGGGGUUUGACUACUUGGACAAUCAAGAACUUGAACUGACUGGAGAUACUGGGUGGAUAAGCAAGCCGUGAGUUAAAAAUUUAUAUUAUACUAACAAUAAUUGUUUUAAUAUAGUAAAAUUUUUAAAACUAUAAAAGUUUCUAAAUGAAAAGAAAGUUACCUUACCAUAGUUUACCUUACCUUAGUUGGUAUAUCUCUAUUCUUUACUAAAUUUCAUUUUUUCAGACUUGUCAAGCUACCAUUGGAACUAACGAUUCAACUGAAGAAGCUAGCUCAUAUAUCUUACAUUGAGUUCCUGGUUCAUCCUCAAUAUAUACCGCAGCAGUUAUUGGUCAGUAACUUUGUGGACGGAGAGUUUGAUGCUUUAGGGUAUGUUCUUUAUAACAUAGGCUUAUUCAAUGAGAUUCCUACAUAACAAACUUUUCUACAGUAAAUUUCAAAACCUUUCUUCAAUGCAAUAAUCUAUAAAAGCUCUUUUUCAGUACAGUAACCUUCAAACCCCGCGAAUCCCAAGACGGUAAACAAGAGCAGAAGAAAGUACUAUUGAGUUGUUACGCUUCUGUAAUCAAACUGUCAUUUUUAAACCUAUACGACAGUGAUUUGAAUCCGGAGAGUCGUAUAGGGAUCACAAGUAUGAGUAUAUACGGUAGAGACUCUGUAACACCGUCAAAAUCAACCUUAUAUGGAAAUACCUCAAGUACGAUCAGUAUCUAUAAACCCAAACUGCCAGAUGACUUCGAUGGUACUGUGUCGAGUAUUGGUAGCAAUAGGAGUGGGCGAGCGAGAGGGAAUCGGAAUAGGUAUGGCAAUCAUUAUUUUAUGCUAGUUUUGUUAUUAUGAUCAGAGGUUUUUUGAAAGGAAAGGGAGAAUAUUUUAAUUUUUAAACUUUUAGAGAAGGGAGCGGGAAAGAAGCGUCUGAAAACAAGGUGAGGGGGAAUGAGGGAUGGUAGAGCAACAAAAAUGGAAGGGAAGGGGAGGAUAAAAAGAGAAAAAGGAGAGAAAUAAAUGACAAAACACAGCAAAAAAAGAGGGGGGGGGUGAUAGAGGUGGGUAAGGUAAAGCAGGGUAGGAGUUCAAGUAUAAAAGUUUAACCCUAACCCAAAAAGUUUAUAGCCAUAUGAAAAAUUGCAAUUUUUAGACAAAAACCAUCAAAUGCAGCAGUAGAUGAACUCAAAGGUUACCUAAAACAAGCCCAAAGCACUAUUAAUGAAGCUGUCGCUGUAAGUUAACUCUUUUUUUUAAUUUUGAUUAACAAAAACGUGAAAAAAACUAGUAAUUUUGUUGGUGCUGGAAGGUUUUUUACUUUUAAAAAAAAUUCUAAAAUUUUGUUUGAAUUUAAAGCUAGAUUACUGAAUAGUUUUAAAACGUUUUGAAAUUUUUUUAAAAAAUUUAUUAGAUUUUAAGCUUUAAUAUCAGACUUAUUUUUCACUUUUUGGGAAGUUUCUGGACUUUAAAAUUGGCCAAAACUUUACUUUUUAUUGGGCAUAUAAAGAGGUAGGUAGGGUAAGGCAAACUUGUAAAGAAACUGAUUUAUCUGUCGUUGCGUGAUCAAACCUGAGCCCCUGAGAUCUUCAUUUAGGCUAGGUUCUAGGUUUCUGCACGCUUUGGUAUUGCCCUUUUCAAACUAUUUUUUAAAUUUGUUUUUUUUUGUCUCAUCAGAUCCUAGCGGGCCUUUUCAAAGUUAAAAUGCAGCUUUUGUAAAAUUAAAAUACAUAUUUAAAUUUUAGGCAGAAAACUUUUCUUUGGCCAAAAGAAUGCAAACCAACAAAGCUCAACUAGAACUCGUGGUAAAACAACUUCAAGAAGCGAAUAAACAGAAAAUAGAAGCCAUCAACAAUGAAGACUACGACAGGGCACAAGAAUUAGUGGAUCAAAUGAACAGUCUCAAAACAAACGCGCUAGCCAAUGUGGACACUAGCUUUAUCAACAUAUCUGAUGUGAGUGUUUUGACGUUUUGAGUUUUCAAAAUUGUUUUUGAAAUUGAAAAAAAUUUAAAAAUGCCAUUGUUUUAAACUUUUUUUGUAAAAUACGUAAACUACAGUAUGCUAAGAAAAUUUUGAGUUAUAAUUUUGGUUUUAAAAGGUUUAGCAGCUUUUUAGUAGGGCACGGUAGGGUAGAACAACUUAUUUUAGGCUUCAUAGAGCAUAAAAAAAGUAUAUUAAUGUCUAUCAAUGUCGUUUCAGCCUAUACCUUCAACACCAGCCAUUCCAAAAGCCGAAACUCCUCAACGUGCUUCACCAUCGUUACCUCUGCCUCGUAUUGAGCCAGUUCGUAAGUCAUGUUCUUUGUAUAAUUAUAUUAGUGGGUUUAAUUGUUUUAGUUAAGACGUAUUUAAGGCUCAAAACUUUUGUUUACGUAAAUUUUAAGGCAGGGGUGCUGUAGUAGAUUCAAGUACGGUAAAGCAGGGUCUAGGCUUGAUUGAGACUGUUAAUGAAAGAGUAAAGUAUCUUAUGGUAAUGUAGGGUAAAAUGAAGUUAAUUUAAACGAGGUAUAGAGAGUGAUAGGGUAAAACAGGCUCUAAGCUUGAUUGAGAAUGUUAAAAAAAUAAUACAGUAUUUUAUGAUACGGUUGGCACAGUAAAGUAAAAUGAAAGUUAAGAUAAACAAAGCAUAAGGUGCAGAGCAGGGCAGGGUAGAACAAGUUAAGACAGGACAGAGAAGGGUAGUGCAGGGCACGUUGAAAUAGGAUAGAAUAAGAUAAAGUAAGGUAGGGUAGGAUAGGAUCUAAGCUAUCAUAGUAUUGAUUUUUUAAUUUUUCAGCUCUCACCCCCUCAACCGUAUCAAUACCCCAAACUCGAUCACCACCGCGAGAGACCAACCUUCUUCUACCUCCAAUCACCCCAGCUUCAACUCUAAACAGCUCUCUCAACUCUCAAAAUAGCAUUUUCCGACCAUAUCAGCGAACUCGUCGCUACUCAGAUCCGACCAAUUAUAAUCGACAUAGAAAUGAUGACAAUAAGAGUUUGGCAUCAACGUGGUCGUUUAAUUAUCGACCGGGACAGAUUCUGGACAACAAUAUGAAUGUCGCAAAUAAUCGGUUUUUGGAGAAGGAAAAUCGACCAAUUCGACCGGCGAAAAAUGUGAUUAGGUAACGGUUUGGUCGAUUUUUGGUUGUUUUUUUAUCAAUCUCGGUCGAUUUCGGUUGAUUUUCAGUCGAUUUUGAUUGAUUAUCAAUCGGUUUUGGUCUAUUUAGUCAAUUUCGGUCGAUUUUUAAUAAUUUUUGGUCGAUUUUUUAGCUUGCUUUUGGUCGAUUUUUAUCAGUUUCUGUCGAUUUUUAAUAGACUUUGGUUGAAUGUGAGUCGAUUUUAGUCGAUUUUCAAUUGAUUCCGGUUGAUUUUCUAGCAAUUUUUGUUGAUUUUCAGUCAAUUUAGUCAAUUUGAAAAGAACUAAAAUUUAUGAAAAAAUUUUGAAAUUGCGACAAAAAGCGAAAUUUUGACAAAAAGUCAAGCCAAGACAAAAGCCACCCCCAAAAACAGCAAAAACGUUCUUUCCAGCGACCAAAAUGGCCAAUCCCUCGACGACCUCAACCUAGACCAGCUGCUAGACAUGGUCAGUCCAUCUGAUCGCACUUAUGUCACUAGAGCUGUCAAUAUCUUUGGCAUCAAGCCUGUUGCUGAAAUCUACUCUAAAAACUUCAAAGAUCGCCGAAAUGGACUGAAGAAGGUGCAGGAUAACAUAGACACGAGUAGUGGUAAUGCGAGAGAUGUGAUCAGAGCUGCCAUUCCUUUAUUGAUCCGAGGAUUGAGCGACAAAAUUUAUAGGGUGAGUUAGGGGAGGUGAACUGAAUUUUAUUUUUUUUUAUUUUUAAUUUUUUUAAUUUUUUUUUACAAAAUGGCUUACAGUUAUUGCACAGUGCAGCCUUUCUUUCUUUUGCACGGUGCAGAUUAUUUUCAUUCUUUUAUUCAUCAUUGCACUGUGCACCUUACUUGCUUUUUCCUUGCACAGUGCAAUUGCUUACCGUUGCACCGUGCAGAUGAUCUGCUUUUUGCUUGCACUGUGCAGUCUCUUCAACAUGACUGCACAGUGCAAUCUCCAAAAGUUUGCUGAUCGAUUGUCGCAACAGUCGAAUCGCCUUCGACAUUCCAUUGUUCAAUUGUCGUAAACCAAGUUGAGUUACGACAGUUCUCGAUUGUCGCAAAUCUCCCCUCGCGAUGUCGCUAGAUUCGAGCAAUUCGCAAGUCUCGUCGUUUGUCGCGGAACUUUUUUGUUUUUUUGACGCGACAACGACGCACGAGAACCAUCAUUUGCUAUUUUUUCUGUGAAAAAUGUUUCUUUUGUCGCAAACUCAAUUCUGGUUUGUUGCUGUUGGUAAGUUCGGGUAGGGUAAUCAAGUCGCGACGUUCUUUUUCACUUUGCGACAAAAGAAAAAUGGGUCGGGAUGUUUCAAGACUCACAACUUUGCGACAUUUUUCAUAUCGCUUUUUGACGAGCGAUGAAUUGAAUGUCGCAAUUGUCGCAACGUCUCAAUUUGCCAGCCUUUUUUGAGUAAUUGCGACAAAUGUUUUUGGACUGUUGUAAGCGGGAUGACUUUUGCGACAAGCGCCCAAGAGAGAGCUUGUCGCGAGUGCACAGCGUGAUCUUUCUUUCGUCGCGAUAAAUUGAGGGAGAACUGCACAGUGCAAAAGGGAUUUGUUUUGUCGAAAGUUUGCACUGUGCAAGGGUAAAUGUUUGCAAAAAAGGCUUGCACAGUGCAAACUUUGUUUCUUUUUUGCACGGUGCAGUGUAUUUUAUGGUUUUGCACUGUGCAACACUUACUUUGUUAUUGCACGGUGAGGCUUUUAUUUUAAUGAUUGCACAGUGCAGUUUUUUAUUUCUCUUUUUGCACUGUGCAAUAUGAACAUUAAAUUUUUUUUAGGUUUACGACGCUGCGAUUGGAUUAAAUGAAGUAAUGUUAAAUUAUGUGUCAUAUCGAAAUCAAGAUAACGAGAUUUCACGAUUGGCAGAUCUAACCACGCCCAUUUUGAUUAGUCGUACCGGGGAUACCGUUACUGUAAGUUACUCUACUUUACCCUACCCUACCCUACUCUACCCUACCUACUUUACCCUACCGUAACCUACCGUAAUCUACUUACUUUACCUUGUCUUGUCCUACUCUAGCAUAGCCUUUUAGCCAAUUCUCUUAGCCUAGACUUACCCUGCCCUACCCUACAUGCCUAUACCUAUAUCUAUACUUUUAGGAUCAACGUUUUGCCUCCCGGACCUUUGAAUUCACCGAAAGUCUAUUCAAAAAAGACAUUCGAAUAGCGACAGACUACCUCAACAAGUUCUCUCAGCCCCUGAAGCCAAAUCAGUCGGUUCGAACCUCGCGAGGUCAAUCUCAAAUUGUCAGUACUGGAGUCGAGUCUCUGAUAGUACACAGGAAUCGUCUCAACAUACCAUCUAUAAUAACCUUUGCCUUAGGUUGUAUUGAUCACUCUGAUGGUGAAGUUCGAAGGCAUGGGCGUGACAUUCUAAUGACAUUGUAUAAGUCUGGCGACAGAAAGGAGGUACGAGAUGCUUUGACUAAAGAUACUGUAGAAUAUGAGAGAAGCAGAGGACUGAGGAAUCUGUUGGAAAUGUUUGAUCAACAAGAUAGAGACGAUGGGCUUACUGUAACGGUAAAGAGCCCAAGUAUUAGGAAUGGGUCAAGAGCUAAUGGCAGAGGUACGGUUAACUUUCUUAUAUGAAUACUGGGGGGCCAGCUACAAGUAAUUACUUAAUUAGCGUGAAGUCUAAUCUACCGAAAAAGGUUUUGUUAUACUAUGUAGUAUCAGUAAAAGUAUAGUAAGAGGUAGUAAGGGUAACAGUAUAGAUACUAUUAUGUAAUAAACAAUGAUAUAAAGCUCGACUUCAGGAAAUUCUGUCAGAAGAGCCACAACGUCAGGUCCUAAUGCAAGAACAAAUGCGACUUCAGAUGGCAGACGAAACGCCACUUCUAGAGGACGAAACACUUUGAAUGCCAAUAUUGCUACUCCCAAUAGAAGCACAAGCUCAAGAUCAUCUAGUAAAUCAAGAAAAAGUAAUAAUGAUUCAAGCAUACGAAACACAGCGACAUCACAGACAAGAUUAUCUACAAGAACGCCGAGCAGACGACAGAGUAAAAGCUCUAAUUCAAGGUAAAAGACGGUGUAUACACCUGUUUAUGUAAAUCUAAAUAUACAGUAGAUUGCAGUUUGAAGUAUAAUUAUAAUAAAGUAGAGUAAGGUAAGCCAGGGUUGGGUGGAUAAAAUGACCUAGGGCAAGGUAGAGCGGGGUAAAGAAGUGUAGGGUGCGAUGGGUUGAGUAAGCUAUGGAAAGGCAGAGUAGGGUGGGAUUGAUCGGGGUAGAACAGGGAAGGGCAGGACAUAACAACGCAAGGUAGGGUAGAGUAAGGUACUGUAGUGUAGGAUAGAGUAGGGCAGGGGAGGGUAGGGUAGGGUAGGGUAGGGUAGGGUAGGGUAGGGUAGGGUAGGGUAAGGUAGGGUAGGGCAAGAUAAAUUUUACAAACUUCUCUCCCUAUACUGUACCCAAACAUAAAGUUACAGUAAUUUUAAGACGAUCAACGACUUCCCGCCACUCUAAACGAUCUCAAGACCGGUCGAUUCAAUCCAACGAUUCAAGGCCUCAAGACCGGCCUUCAAGGGACUCUAGGCUUCAAAAUAGGUCGAUAAAAUCGUCCCAAUCAAAUACCUCAAACAAAUCCAUUAAGAGUAUCGUCAGGCCAGCGACGGCAACAAAUGUAGAGCCAAAAAGUGUUAAAAUACAACUAGAUGGGAGUAAAUUAAGUGAUACUGGCACGACUGACUACUCAAAGUAAGGCUUUGGUACUUAAAAUAUGUUACAGUAACCUCAAUUUAGAACUUCUAAAAAUUUUAAAAAUUUCAAAAAUGUUUUUUUAAUUUUAAAAUAAAAUCUUUAAAUUUUCAUUUUUUCUCCAAACUGUUUGACCAACAAUUCCAUCUAUAAUGUACCUCUUUCCAGAGUCUGUAUGUACUGCGGAGUUCAGAACAACAGCCUUAACCUGACUGGCCUAGAAGCCCAUUACAAGAAAGAAUGUCCAAUGUUGACUGAAUGUUCACAUUGUAAAGAUGUAGUGGAAACGCGUCAUCUACGUGACCAUCUCAUCCAUGAAUGUUCCAAUAAGGCCAAUUACAAACAAUGUGAUCGAUGUCAACAGGCCGUGCUCGGCAAUCUUUACACAAAGCAUCGGAGCAGCAGUAAAUGUAGAUGUAAGUGUGAUCAUUUCAAGUUAAAUAAUCAUGCUUCCUCCUCUCUCCUUUGA